AUGGUCUAUUAUUCUCUGGGCGAAGAAUUCUGGGAGUUCAGGGAGAAGUCAAGGGGCCAAGGGGUCAAAAUGAGACGUUGGCACUGGCCCAAGGUGGCGUUCCGCGGAGGAGCGGCGAACCGCGGCUGGAACCCGGGCGCCGACGGCGGCGGCGGCAGGCUAACGGACGUGUUCAACAGCGUGAUGCUGAGCGGCUCGCCCUCCUUCUACGACUGCUACAAAGCGAUUCAAACUGAAAGAAAUGACUAUGGCAGUGAAACAGACUUAUAUGGACUUGUGUCUAAUAUUUUGGAAGAACAAGAUAAGUCACAGCCAUAUUUUGCUGAGGGGACCUGCUCCUCCAAUUUAAAGUCCGUGUGGCCAAUGAACACAAACAGAUUUCCAGAUCACCAUGACCUCUUAACAGAAACCAAAAGGCCAAUGGAUACAACCAUCUCUCAGCAAGCCUUUUAUGGUGGCGAACCUGUAUCAGCAGUGGACAAGCAGUACCUGCAUAAUAGCAAUCUCACAGCACAACAAAAAAUAGAUGAAGUCUAUCAUGGACUUGCUGGCUUAGACCUUGAAGAACAAUGGAUGUACCCCUCACGAAGUGACCCUUCUAACUGUUACACUGUUCAGGCAAGUGAUCCAACAAAAACAACUUUCCAAGAAUAUCCAUUUGUCAGAAACUGUUUUACACCACAGACAGGUCUGUCUGACAUGAUGAAAGAAUCAGGAGUUGAUACUUACCCUUAUGGAAGAGAAAAAAUAUGUGCCAAAGGUUUUGAGGCACCAUUACAGCAAAAAAGGGCAGAGAUGUUUCUUUCUCAAUUUAAUAGGUACAAUGAAAAUGCAGAUUACUGUAGAUACUCAGAAUAUGCUCAUCCUAAUAAGGCUAAGCUUAGUAAAUGUUCCAGUUUUAAUGUCCAAGACAAUAAAAAAUUAGCCAAUGGUGCAUCUGAAACACCAACAGUAGAAGCAGACACCUACACAAAGUUAUUUCAGGUUAAACCAGCAAAUCCCAAAAAAAUGGAAGAGACAAUGCCUGAUCAGCAGAAUUACACAUUUUCCAAGACAACACCACAUCUGACAGAAAAGCAAUUUGCAAAGGAAGCAGCAUUCACUGCUGAUUUUAGCAUGAAAUCAGAAUAUGGACUGAAACCUCAUACAGCGUGUCCAGCUAAUAAUGAUUUUGCAAAUGUCACAGAAAAGCAGCAGUUUGCUAAACCGGAUCCUCCAAAUUCUGAGUAUUUUAAAUCAGUGAAUUUGUUAUCAAACUCAGCAACAUCUUCAGGAGGUAUCAACUUAAACAGACCAACUUGGAUGAAUAUUCAAACAAAAACUAACACUCCUAUUCCUUAUAGAAAUCAAGGUAACUUGAUGAAAUUAAAUAGUCACUUAAGUGCUGCUUCAAAAGGUUCUAGCCAUUCAGAUUUCCCUCAACUAUCAACUACAAAUUUAACCCCAAAUUUAUUUCAAAAGUAUUGCCAAGAAAACCCUUCAGCAUUUUCUAAUUUUGAUUUCAGUUACAAUGGUGCCGAAAGAAUUCAACCUGCCAGUCACUUGGAAGGACUGACAAAGACUGGAGAAGAAAAUCUCUUUGAAUCAGUUAAUGAUAAAAAAAUAAAGCAGGCAAAUGGAUUUUGUGAUAAUUAUUCAGCUCAGCAAUAUGGGAUCAUUGAAAAUGUGAACAAGCAUAAUUUUCAAGCUAAGCCCCAGAGUGGACAUUAUGAUCCUGAGGACGGUCCAAAGCAUUUAGAUGGGUUAUCUCAAAAUACGUAUCAAGAUCUGUUGGAGUCACAGGGUCAUUUUAAUAGCCACAGACAGGGAAGUGGAGACAGCAAUAUGAAUAGCCGUGUGAAUCGCACACAGGCGUCAUUCUUUUCUAAUAAUUAUAUUAUGGGAGAUUUAAGACAUAAUCAGAGUUUUCAACAACUUGGUUCAAAUGGGUUUCCCCUAAGAUCUGCCCACCCAUUUGGCCAUACUGUUGUUCCACUGUUGGAUUCUUAUGAUUUGUUUUCUUAUGAUGACUUAAGCCAUUUAUACCCUUACUUCAAUGAUAUGAUGUAUGGUGAUAAUUCCUUUUCUGGUUUCGUGCCAACUUUUGGAUUUCAAAGACCAAUUAAAACCCGUAGUGGACCAGCUAGUGAACUUCAUAUUCGUCUAGAAGAAUGCUAUGAACAGUGGCGAGCACUAGAAAAGGAGAGAAAAAAGGUUGUGACUUUACUAGGCAAAAUGGAACGUCUUCGAAGCUCUCCCCUUCAUGCCAAUAUCUCUACUGCUCUUGAUAGACACUUGGAGUCCAUUCAUAUUGUACAGUCGCGUAGAAAGGAUGAAAUUGUAAAUGCUUCAAAUAGACAAAGGCAAGGAGUUCCUAGAUGCCAAGAUGAUAGAGAUGUGUUUGCUCUUGCAUCAGCAAUUAAAGAGAUGUGCGUGGCUACUCGGAAAGCACGCACCACCCUCUGGUGUGCGCUGCAGAUGACCUUGCCGAAAACAGCCAGUACACCUGCUCAAGCAGAUGUGGAAAAACCUUUACAAGAUGUAGUAAAUUGUGAUGAUAAAGUCCAUGAAAGCAUGAAUAGUAGCAAUUCAACGAACCAGAGAAGUGAAGGAAACAAGCAUUAAGGAAAUGCCAACAGAAAGACGAGUAAAAGCUGAUAAGAAAAUGUAUCAAGA